AUGGGAAAGGAUUAUUACAAAGUGCUAGGAAUUGCGAAAGGUGCUGGUGAUGAGGAGAUCAAGAAGGCAUAUCGUAAAAUGGCACUGAAGUACCAUCCGGACAAAAAUAAAGAACCUGGGGCAGAAGCAAAAUUUAAGGAAGUAGCGGAAGCAUACGAUGUGCUAUCAGAUCCGAAGAAAAAAGAAAUUUACGAUAAAUUCGGUGAAGAUGGUUUGAAAGGAGGAGAGGGAGGAUUCGGAGGUCCAGGUGGUGUGCAUUAUGAAUUCCAAGGAGAUCCGAUGCAGAUGUUUGCUCAAUUCUUUGGUGGAAGUGAUCCAUUUUCUACGUUCUUUGCUAGUGGAUCUACUGGUGGUGGUGGACCACAACUUUUCUUCUCAACCGGUGGCGAUGAUAUGCAUUUCGGAAUGCCUUUCGGUAUGGGUGGUCAUCCACGACGCCAACGUCAAGAUCCUGUUGUGCAGCAUGAGCUUUUGGUCUCUUUAGAGGAUAUCUAUAAGGGCUGUACCAAAAAAAUGAAAAUUACCAGGAAGGUAUUAGCUCCCGAUGGACAAUCGACACGAAUAGAAGAUAAGGUAUUGACAAUCAAUAUCAAGCCUGGUUGGAAGAGUGGAACCAAGAUUACGUUUCCCAAAGAAGGUGACCAACAUCCAGGACGUGUUCCUGCUGACAUAGUUUUUGUUAUCAAAGACAAACAUCAUCCUAAGUUCAAGCGAGAAGGUGCGGAUAUCCGAUAUGUACACAAGCUGGCGCUACGUGACGCCCUGUGUGGAGCAGUCGUACAUAUUCCAACUCUGGAUGGUACGACAUAUCCGAUGCGACUCAACGAGGUCAUUAGACCAAAUACGUCCAGGAGAUUGACAGGGCAAGGCUUGCCGAAUCCGAAAAUGGCUGGACGACGAGGCGAUUUAAUUGUUGAAUUUGAUGUGAAAUUUCCAGAUUCGCUUUCAUCAGCAUCGAAAGAAUUGAUAAUGAAUGCAUUGCCAGCGUGA